AUGUCUCCCCUCUUCACCCUCCUCUCCUCCCUCCCUUUCAUCUUCGUCUUCUCCACCCUCCUCCUACCCUCCUACAUCACCCCUCCUCCUCCUCCUCCUUCACCACCCCCAAUCGUCCCUCGACCAACCAAGCUCCUUCCCCUCGCAGACUUCCUUCCUCUCCCCAGCGCACCCCAACCGCGCCGCUACCGCACACUCUCGGCCCUGGACCUCGGACAGCCUCGCCGACUGUUCUCGAACCUCGCCAAGACUGUCGCCCGCACGUCGGUGUGUGUCAGCGUCGAGCAAGCCCCUCGUGACGCCGCUCGCCCUGCCCAAAGGCUUGAGCACCCGAAGGCCAUCAAGAAGAAGGAGAAGGAACCCAAGACCGUAUCCUUUGCGCUCGAACACAACACCACGCGCAUCGUCGACCGCUGGAUCGUCAAGGUCUGCUGGGCGCGCCACGACGAGGUGUUCGACGUCGACAGGUGGAUCGAGCCGCACGGGCGCGGUCAGCUGCAUUUCCCCAAGACCAAGUUCGUCGGUGAGGGGCCUGAUGCUGAGGCCGAGGACGAUGAGGGGGACGUGGACAUGGUUGAUGCUUGA